GUGUCCAACUCCUCCUUGAUGAUUCUCCUCACACGUGUCUUCGGAUGAAGCGCGUCACUGCAGUGCUGGGAGGUUUUGGAAGAGGGUUUUCCUGGCUCUGCCUCUCUCGCCGUCGGUCCUGGACCAGUUUCUUCCACAGCCUGACACACUUACUGGGCUGCGGGACGGAACCAGAGGAGCAGGCUGCAGCUCAGAGGACGCUGGUGCCGACGAGGUGAAGCACUGCACUCUCUGCAGCUGCUGUCUGUGACGACGACCACGGUUUGAUGCUGUGAUGCAGACGGGAUCGCGUGAAGGAGGAAGACGCCGCUCGGCCGGUCGUGAUCGCGAGUCUCCGACACCAGCGAGAGUUGACGGAGCGCUAUUCUGAGCAGGUGGGCCAAGUCCCGGAGGAGAGCAUCCGACUCAUGCUCCUGCUGGUUCUUGAGCAAGUGGCGACAGGAACACGUGUGGUCUCCGGUGCAGCUACAUAUAUAGAAGCGCGGGCUGCGAGGAGAGGAGUCGAACUUGGCUUCUUGCCUGUUGAGAUGAGCCAGUAGGAAACACACAGAGCGCUUGUUCAUGCUGAUGAAAUUGAUCUGCUCGGUGAGCUCCAACCAGAGCCAUGGGGAGUACCCGGAGUGCCGGAGUGAGAGGGAGUCUACAGGGGAGGCGUCUCUGCUGGUGUCUCCGCUGGUGGUGGCGGGGAUUGUUAUAGGCCUGGUGCUCUUCCUCUCCUGCAUUACCAUCAUUGUGGGCAGCUUUCGCAAAGACAGUCGGCUGAGAAACCCACACCUGCGAGCCAGCUACGGUCCGGACGGUUUCUCUUACGGGGGUUCGGUGGGGGAACUACGGUCGACGUGUUUGGAGGACUUCCCGCCUCCCUUGGACUAUCACUCCUACCGAGACACUCUGUCUCAGGUCAACACGCUGUACCCAGACUCACCUCCACGCUACGAUGAGUGCGUGGGUCCCGGCUCCACACAGAUCUACAUCCCCACAGACGAUCCUCCCCCGUACUCCCUGCUGGACCCCUGUCAGGGUGGGACAGUGGAAGAAGGGUCCACACAGGACAGCGCCUUACAUCCAUCCGCACAUUACGGUGAGACGUCGGCCAGCGCCACCUGGUUCCCCUCCUCAGACUACCAACUGGGACUACAGGAGCACCAACACAUUGCAUCUAUUUCCUUCCCGCUGGAGGCCGCUCCGCCUUAUGAGUCAGUGCUGGCGGAGCAGGGUCAGCCCCUCCCUCUCAUGCCAUGUGACCUUUACAAACACCACUCUGAGAGGGGAGGCGACAGUGGCGGCGCCCAGCAACCUGGAGCAAAUCAGAUCUUGCAGGACCAUUAAUUAAUGUGCACCACUGGUGGUUCCGGCUGGAGAUGAGCUGGACGCUGUGACACAAACAGUGGACCUUCAUGAGGUUCUGUCGCCGCGGAUGCUGAGGAGCUAAUGAGGCAGGGACGGAGUGCAACAUCUCAGUGGAAUUGAAUUCAGGAUGGAGCAGACUCAAGUCACGUUGUACAUUUCCCCGACAGAAUCGAUGCUUCUGAGAAGACUUGCUAAUGUCACGGUUCUUUUCUGUUAGCUUCAGAUUUAAGUAAAGUCAUGUGUCAACACUCAUUCAUCACAUAGGCCGAGAGUAGAAGAGCGUCGACAUUUAUGGUAGUCUAGUUAGCCACGGUCCAGCUAUCCCCUCUCUGGAGGACCACCCUCACCACUCAGUGUUGUCUUGAAUAGAGCUACGUCGGUGUUGAACUACAGUAAGAGUUCAAUGCUUUGUGACUUGUUAAUGCCACAUGGCUCCCUUAUCGUGGUGAUAACUUACCGUAGACCCCAGAAACACCUGAAGAUUUACUGUAGGAAGCAGAAGCCCAAACUGAUUAGAAAACUAGAGCAGACAGAGGUUUUGUUGUUGUGAUGUACUGUUUGUGUAACCGUGGAGACACACCAAGGGCUUUAGUUCUACUGACCCGAGCCAAGGAAAUGUAGCUUUUAGACUCCCUCUUCGUGAGAUUCGUGUCAUGCUAGCCAAACGAAGACAAAGAUAUUUCCGGGCGAAGCGUUUCAGUUUUUGCUGUCAAAGUUAGCUCCAACGUCUGCUGACCAACAAUGAAGGUACGCUCAUAUCGCGCUACCGAGUCGUUGCUGAUUUCAAGUUACCAAAGCCACUUCCAGCCCCUCUCAAGUGGGGGCGGAGCUAAAAACGUAUUUUAAAGCAGCAUAAGAUUUGGAUGAUGCCCUCUGCGUACUUCCGGUCCAUUAGAGGAGGUAUCAGCUCGGUGACUUGGAGAUGCUCACUGUUUCACUGUUUCCCGAAGAAUUUUCCCUGUCUGUAAACAUCACCGUAAAAAACAGGUUGUCACUUAUAAUUGCUCAAAUCGCGUUUGUGUUCGUGUUGAUCACACCGUGAGCCAUCAUAAAAACAGCCCAGCGUUUUUUCAACAAGUUUUAAACUCCGUGACGGUUUGGUGGACGGUAAUGUUUGAGGGUGACGUGAGAGUCAGAUGGAAACAUGUCUGAUGUGUCUCUCACAAGCUUUUGACUAUAUCACCAGCCAUGUCAUCAACUUUCACCAUCAAACACAAAUGGAGACACCAAGUCCUGUAGACACAUUUUCCAGCUCCACCGGCUAAAUUGGGCUGUUUCCAGCACUCCCCGCAUGUCGAAGGCGGACUAGGCCGUGAUUGUGUGUUUCCAGUCGACUCUUCAUGGAUGAGGACGAGUUAUUUCUGUUUGUUGUGCUAAAGAUGUGCCUAAUAGCCCUCAGACUGUUAGUUUAACCAGUAGCCAUAUGAUAAUAUGAUGCAAAUAAACCCGUGUUUUAGUCACUUUUAAAUGUCACAUCAGGUGACUUUCUUGCUAAAGUUGUUGGUAAACUGACUGAAUGGUGUUUGGAGCGACCUCUUUUAAUUUGGCAGCUAAAGAACUGUCCUCAAUAGGAAAGUGGAAAGAUGAUUUCACUGUAUUUAAAGUUCCUUCAUCACAUUGUGUUUGGUCUUUUUUGGCUUCAUUUCUCCGAACACCCUUGUUUGUGACAGGUAUCGUGGUCUGAGAGUGAGUUACGGACUUCUUACACAAGGUUUUACAAUGUUGAGUCAUAAUAAGAAAAGACAUGUCUGGGCCAUUGUGUUACCAGGGAAGAGGUCAAGAAUCAACAGUGGCUCUUUGUUUCCCGUUUGAAUGUGCCUUCCAUUGAGAAGCACUGACCGUCAAGGUGGGAAUAGAAAACAGAAAUCCUUCUAAUAAACUGGGCCACGUUCAACUUCUUGCCAAGUAGGUCAUGACCUCACACGCCAGCCGAUCAUUCCACUGCCAUUUAUCCUGACCUUUGUCCACACUCAAAAACCACACACCUCCUGUUGCAUUCAGGAGCCUUGAGAACCUCAACAACACGUGUGCUGGAUUCCAAAACCAGUUUGUGGAGAACAUGCCUGCAGAAUCCAGUCAAAGAAAAAGAUGAAAUUAAGACGUUGAAGUCACCUGAGGGGAAAUCCGUGCAGCUGUAACUCACAACAUCAAUCACAAACCCUGCUUAUGGGGACAUGCAGUGGUGAAAAACAGUUGGAAUUAAGCCGUCCUGAGUGGGAAAUGCAGAAAAGUUUUUAUAGUAAUGUUUUUUUUACAGAUAUCAAAAACAGUAUUUUAUGAAAAACAUUAUACUGGUCACUAAUAUUGUGAAGUGAGUAGAACACUAAAGAGUUAAUGAGUCCAAGUUGGGCGCGGACACCAAGUAUGGAACUGGAAUGGCAGCAUGCUGCGAGGCGGGGUUAAAUACAUUCAAUAUAUUUUGGAUGUUUCUCAACACUGAAUCUAGUGAGAUCGUUGAUCUGAUGUGAAAGAGUCUGUGCGGCUGUCGCUGCUCAUUUUGAAUGAGAUAUUUUAUUCCCUCUUUGUCUACAUUUCACUGUCUGAGAAAAUGAAGCUUCAAGUUCUGCUCCUGCUGUUGGCUCUGGUGGUUUCACUCAGUGGCCUAGAAGAACCCAUCAUGGACGAUGAAGAAAGCAUGGCCAUCGAGGAUCUUUUCAGAGACAUUGACUUAUCGGCAGGCAAUGAUGGCACCGAGGAGGACCCUGUUCUGAAAGACAGAGAUGUUGAUGAUGAUGAUGAUGAAGAUAUCAUACUCUUACCAGAGCCUUCAACCACUCCAAGAAUUACAGUAAAAGUUUAAUCGUUUCUCAGCGAAGGUCCAAAAUAAAUCAAUAUCUGGGUAAAAAGGUGUUAUUCAAAUGAUUUUAUGCAUAAAA